GGAUGGCGCUCACCGCAACAGUGCUAAUUUUCUCCUCCCUCCUGCAAACCAUCAUCUCCCUGAACCCUGAGGACCCCAACGUAUGCAGCCAUUGGGAGAGCUAUGCUGUGACUGUCCAGGAAUCGUAUGCACACCCUUUUGACCAGAUUUACUACACACGAUGCACAGACAUCCUCAACUGGUUCAAGUGUACCAGACACCGGAUCAGUUAUAAGACGGCAUAUCGGCGAGGCCUGCGGACCAUGUACCGGCGGAGAUCCCAGUGCUGUCCUGGCUACUAUGAGAAUGGAGACUUUUGCAUCCCCCUGUGUACGGAAGAGUGUGUGCAUGGCCGGUGCGUUUCCCCGGACACCUGCCACUGUGAGCCCGGCUGGGGAGGGCCCGACUGCUCCAGCGGCUGCGACAGCGACCACUGGGGCCCCCAUUGCAGCAACCGGUGCCAGUGUCAGAAUGGUGCCCUGUGCAACCCCAUCACCGGCGCCUGUGUGUGCGCCGCUGGCUUCCGAGGUUGGCGCUGCGAGGAGCUCUGUGCACCCGGAACCCACGGCAAGGGAUGCCAGCUGUCAUGCCAGUGCCACCACGGUGCCAGCUGUGACCCCCGUACCGGCGAGUGUCUCUGUGCGCCCGGCUACACCGGCGUCUACUGCGAGGAGCUGUGCCCACCUGGGAGUCAUGGGGCUCACUGUGAGCUGCGCUGCCCCUGCCAGAAUGGGGGCACUUGCCACCACAUCACUGGUGAAUGUGCCUGCCACCCAGGCUGGACGGGAGCAGUGUGUGCCCAGCCUUGCCCACCAGGGACGUUUGGCCAGAACUGCAGCCAAGACUGUCCUUGCCACCACGGAGGGCAGUGUGACCACGUGACAGGGCAGUGCCACUGCACAGCUGGAUACAUGGGAGACAGGUGCCAAGAAGAAUGCCCCUUUGGGACCUUCGGUUUCCAAUGCUCACAGCGCUGUGACUGCCACAACGGAGGCCAGUGCUCACCCACUUCAGGUGCCUGCGAGUGUGAGCCAGGCUACAAGGGCCCGAGCUGCCAGGAGCGGCUCUGCCCCGAGGGCCUGCAUGGCCCAGGUUGCACCUUGCCCUGCCCCUGUGAUGCCAACAACACCAUCAGCUGCCACCCAGUAACCGGAGCUUGCACCUGCCAGCCAGGCUGGUCUGGCCGCCACUGCAAUGAGUCCUGCCCUGCUGGCUACUAUGGUGAUGGCUGCCAGCUGCCUUGCACCUGUCAGAAUGGUGCCGACUGCCACAGCAUCACUGGGGGCUGCAUUUGUGCCCCAGGCUUUAUGGGAGAGGUCUGCGCGGUAUCCUGUGCAGCAGGGACCUAUGGCCCCAACUGCUCAUCUGUCUGUAGCUGUAGCCAUGGUGGCACCUGCUCUCCAGUAGAUGGCUCCUGCACCUGCAAGGAAGGAUGGCAGGGCCUCGACUGUACCCUACCAUGUCCUAGUGGGACGUGGGGCUUGAACUGCAACGAGAGCUGCACCUGUGCCAAUGGCGCAGCCUGCAGCCCUGCAGAUGGCUCCUGCUCCUGUACCCCCGGUUGGCUGGGAGACACCUGCGAACUUCCCUGCCCGGAUGGCACAUUUGGGCUGAACUGCAGCGAGCGCUGUGACUGCAGCCAUGCCGAUGGCUGUGAUCCCAUCACAGGCCACUGCUGCUGCCUGGCUGGCUGGACAGGCAUCCGCUGCGACAGCACAUGUCCACCUGGUCGCUGGGGCCCCAACUGCUCGGUCUCCUGCAGCUGCGAGAACGGCGGCUCCUGCUCCCCAGAAGAUGGGAGCUGCGAGUGUGCCCCUGGCUUCCGGGGACCCUUGUGCCAGAGAAUCUGCCCCCCUGGGUUUUAUGGCCAUGGCUGUGCCCAGCCGUGCCCUCUCUGCGUGCACAGUAGCGGGCCCUGCCACCACAUCAGCGGUGUCUGUGAGUGCCUCCCCGGAUUCUCGGGAGCCCUCUGCAACCAAGUGUGUGCUGGAGGGCGCUUUGGGCAGGACUGUGCCCAGCUCUGCUCCUGUGCCAACAAUGGGACCUGCAGCCCCAUCGACGGCUCCUGCCAGUGCUUCCCUGGAUGGAUCGGCAAGGACUGCUCACAGACCUGCCCACCCGGGUUCUGGGGUCCCGCCUGCUUCCACACAUGCAGCUGCCACAACGGGGCGAGCUGCAGCGCUGAGGAUGGGGCCUGCCACUGCACCCCUGGCUGGACUGGACUCUUCUGCACGCAGCGCUGCCCAGCAGCAUUUUACGGGAAGGACUGUGGGCGUGUGUGUCAGUGUCAGAAUGGUGCCAGCUGUGACCACAUCAGCGGCAAGUGCGCCUGCCGCACGGGCUUUACUGGGCAGCACUGCGAGCAGAGAUGUGCCCCAGGAACCUUUGGCUACGGGUGUCAGCAACUAUGUGAGUGCAUGAACAAUGCCACCUGUGAUCAUGUCACCGGCACCUGUUACUGCAGCCCUGGAUUCAAAGGCAUCAGGUGUGACCAAGCCGCCCUCAUGAUGGAGGAGCUGAAUCCCUACACCAAGAUCAGCCCAGCGCUGGGUGCAGAGCGGCACUCAGUGGGUGCUGUCACAGGCAUCAUCCUCCUGUUGUUCCUCAUUGUGGUGCUGUUGGGCCUGUUUGCCUGGCGCCGGCGUAGACAGAAAGAAAAGGGCCGUGACUUGGCUCCCCGCGUCUCUUACACACCUGCCAUGAGGAUGACCAGCACUGAUUACUCCCUCUCAGGUGCUUGUGGAAUGGAUAGACGUCAAAACACAUACAUUAUGGACAAAGGCUUCAAAGAUUACAUGAAAGAAUCCGUGUGCAGUUCUAGCACUUGUUCCCUGAAUAGCAGCGAAAACCCUUACGCCACAAUUAAGGACCCACCCAUCCUCACCUGCAAGCUUCCAGAAAGCAGCUAUGUAGAAAUGAAGUCGCCUGUGCACAGGGUGUCUCCGUACACAGAUGUGCCAUCCUUGUCGACAUCUAAUAAAAAUAUAUAUGAAGUUGAGCCCACAGUCAAUGGGGUCCAAGAAAGCCACGAUCAUAACUCCAGCUAUAUCCAGAAUCCAUACAACCUACCUAAGAACAGCCACAUUCCUGGUCAUUAUGACCUCCUCCCAGUAAGACAGAGUCCUGCCAAUGGGCCCUUCCAGGACAAGCAGUCUUAAGAGGGAUAAGAGUCUCUCUUGCAAUGUACUCUGCUGAAUAUUCUGAUUCUCUGAACGACAAUCCUUUGACUUGAAAUAAUGGUACAUACUCCAGC